GCAGUCGCGUCGCGUCCGCCGAGCUGAGUGCACGCCGCAUCGUGCCGCUCUGCACGCCGCGCGCGAGUCGCCGACGACUGCCAUGUGAGACUCGCGAUACGCGGAUGCGGUACGCUCUAUGGUCGUUUCGGGUUAAAUUUACUCGAGUGCUUGCGAGUACAGUGAAGUGAGCUUGUGAUCAAAUUGCAGCAACGAUGAGUGACUAACUUGGAUGUACUUUUCCCUUCGCCGCGGAGAACGCGUCGAGGCCUCACGAUCAUCAUAUCGUCUGAUGUUUGUUUAAAACACGGAGUUUAUCAUAUAAAGUUUCUACUCAGCAGGCAGCGUGGACGGUCUGAGUUACCCACCACGCUCCAGUGAUACGGUGCUGAUGUAUUCACUUCUCACAUAGCGAAUAUGCGUAAAGUUCAUAAGCGGCAAGCGAUGUGUGCCGUCGGGCAGUGCGGCUGAGCGGGUGGCGGCGGCGGCGGCGGCGGCGGCGCAUGGCGGCCGCGCUCGCGCUCGCGCUGCUGCUGGCGGCGCGCGCCGCGCCCGCCGCGCCGGACGGGCCGGGCGAGGCGGGCGAGGCGGAGCGCGCGCCCACGGAGCUGAGCCAGGCCGAGCUGGAGGCGGCGGCGCAGGCGGAGGCGGAGGCGGCGGGCGUGCCGGCGUGGCGCGAGCUGUGGUACUCGUCACUGGAGGCGCUGCGCCGCGAGCCCACCAUCAACAACACGCAGGAGGACGUGCUGGUGCAGCUCGGCGCCGUGGCCUUCCUGCACUGCCCCGUGCGCAACCUCGGCGAGCGCGGCGUGUCGUGGGUGCGCAGGCGCGACUGGCACAUCAUCAGCUCGGGCGUGUUCCUGUACACCAACGACGAGCGGUUCCAGGUACUGGCGCAGCUGAUGUGCGAGCUGAACCCUCAACUAGAUGAUAAUGUCCUCCUUCACUUGCAGGUGCUCCACAGCGAGGGCUCCGACGACUGGAUUUUACAAAUUAAGUAUGUGCAGAAACGAGACAACGGCACUUACGAAUGUCAGGUGUCGACGGGCUCGGGCACGCUGUCGCGGCUGGUGCACCUGCACAUCGUGGUGCCCGAGGCCUUCAUCCUCGGCGCCGACGAGUACCACGUGGACGCGGGCUCCACCAUCAACCUCGUCUGCAUCAUUGAGAAGAGCCCCGUGCCGCCGCAGUACGUGUUCUGGUACCACAACGCGCGCAUGAUCAACUACGACGCGGCGCGCGGCGUGUCGGUGGCCACGGCGCCCGGCGCGCGCACGCAGAGCGCGCUGCACAUCCGCGGCGCCGCGCCGGCGCACUCCGGCAACUACUCGUGCCGCGCCGCCAACACCGAGCCCGCGCACAUCUACGUCUACGUGUCCGAGGGCAGUGAGUGUCGCACCCACACUGUACACACGCGCGCACAUCCGCGGCGCCGCGCCGGCGCACUCCGGCAACUACUCGUGCCGCGCCGCCAACACCGAGCCCGCGCACAUCUACGUCUACGUGUCCGAGGGCAGUGAGUGUCGCACCCACACUGUACACACGCGCGCACAUCCGCGGCGCCGCGCCGGCGCACUCCGGCAACUACUCGUGCCGCGCCGCCAACACCGAGCCCGCGCACAUCUACGUCUACGUGUCCGAGGGCAGUGAGUGUCGCACCCACACUGUACACACGCGCGCACAUCCGCGGCGCCGCGCCGGCGCACUCCGGCAACUACUCGUGCCGCGCCGCCAACACCGAGCCCGCGCACAUCUACGUCUACGUGUCCGAGGGCAGUGAGUGUCGCACCCACACUGUACACACGCGCGCACAUCCGCGGCGCCGCGCCGGCGCACUCCGGCAACUACUCGUGCCGCGCCGCCAACACCGAGCCCGCGCACAUCUACGUCUACGUGUCCGAGGGCAGUGAGUGUCGCACCCACACUGUACACACGCGCGCACAUCCGCGGCGCCGCGCCGGCGCACUCCGGCAACUACUCGUGCCGCGCCGCCAACACCGAGCCCGCGCACAUCUACGUCUACGUGUCCGAGGGCAGUGACAAGAUGGCGGCCACGCUGAGCCGCAGCGCGGGCGGCGCGCGGCGCGGCUCGCUGGCGCUGCUCGCGCUGAGCUCGGCCGUGCUGCGCGCGCGCCGGUAGUGCGGGCGACGUGUACAGAUACACAUACGUAUACAGACUUUACCUUUAUCAGAUAAACUAUUCGGUCGCCGGUCGAGCGGCGCGCGCACGGUGACCCGAGAUAUCUGCACAGAAUAAAUCGGAAAAGACUUGUAAUUCUUAUCGCAGCACGGUUAUUGUGGCAAAAGUUGUGAGUGUACGUCCAGGAGAUGACUUCUAUUAUGCUAUGGGUCUAAUGCAGUGCAGUUGCAACCAUUACUGGUCACAAGGGUCCGUGCGCGACGUCGUGUCGUGUCGUGACGGCCCGCAGCCGUGCUGAGAGAUCAUGCUGAGAGCACGUGGAAUGUAUUCAAUGGCGAGACGUCACAGCUCACAAGACGCAGGCUCAGUUCGGAAUGUUUCUCUCUGUUACACGAUGGACCGCUCUCGCACGGUGUAUCCAUGAAUAUACUCGUAUUCGUCUCUUAAACGGAAUAUGAUACACGUUGGAGUUGUUUUCUAAGUAGGCUAUGUAUUUUCAUCUUGAAGGUGUUGAUGCCAUUUGACAGUAAUCAGUCUGUACCAUGACGCUGAAGCGAGGCGCGGUUCCAGUCGUCUCGGUAAUGCGGUUCGACUCACGACACGACACUGAUGUCGUAAGCGAAUUAUAUUUAUGAUCUCGAAUUUGUGCAAUAAUUAAUAAAUAAUUUAGGCAUCAUUUCCAUUGUGAACUUUGAUGUAAUUAAUAAUAUUAAUUCUUAACAUAAAGGAAAUAUUGAAUUUAUCCUCCUUCGUUCUAUUCCGAGUAUGUAUAAUUUUUAUAAGUGAUAAGUCUAAUGAAAAAAUAAUAAUAUAAAGAAUUAAUUGCUCAAAGCAAAACGUACAGAGAUUUAUUAUAAUUACUAAAUUAAUUUGUACAAAAGUUUUAUGGAUAAUAUUAAAAUAUAAUAUAAUAAUGGAUGAAACGGUAAGGGUGUAAAGAUAACUUUUGUUACUGGUGUGUUCGUCUGCACCCCUUCCCCUCCCUCUCCCUCCCUCCUCUCCGCCGCCGCACGCGCACGCACACGCAUACACACACACACACACACAACCACACACUCACACACGAAUAGGUAUCUUGUGGAGAUGCGAUCUGCCGGAGUGUAUGCGGCAGCCAACUUGCACGUGAGGAGUUUCUAGUGUCGUAGCAAAAUCACCAAAAUCAACUUUUUCAACCUACAUAGUUUUUAUCUACCACUGCAUCUACAUGUAGCUUAUUAUUACAAAGAUUUGUACAGACAUCCAUAAGUAGAAGUUAUGCUAUUAUAGACUCUCCCAUGUCCAAAAACUCCGAAAUCCAAAAUUCAGCUUUUUCAGUUCGUCUACAUUUGUAAGCCGAAUUGUCCGACCUACCGACUGUAGUAAAUGAUUUAUAUUAUUCACUUUAAAAAUAAAAUGUAAGGAUGCUAUUACUUGUUGUUACUAACUAUUUCUACAUUUGUGAGCACUCGUCGCAAAAAUACUGAUCGAAUGCUGCUUGUACUUCUGUAGACGAGAGCAGUAGAGCGAGAGACUGUGAGGGUCAGACCGUUGGUACUGUAACUAAGCUGAAAGUUGCUCCCCGCCUCCUCACAUACGAGUACAUAAGGUAGACUUCGGUCGUGACUUUAGAGCCAGUAAAUAGUCCACACAUUAAACAUUCUAUGGGCGCUUAAUAAUUUGUUUUUAAAUAAAUACGGUUUAUGGUCGAACCUUUGAAGGGCCAACCCUGUACUGCACGUUAGCUCCCAAAACCAUAACGAUCCAAGCUCCACGUAUUCAAGUAUUUCAGCGUUUACAAAAAUCAUUUAUGAAAACUCAAAACAGUGUAAUGCGGAGCGUGUGUGCGGCGGCCGAUCAAUGUGUGCGCCCGACUGAGUGCGGUACAUAAUUUGGUGUAAACUUGGUGACUGUACACUAAUCGAUACCUUGAGUUUGUCAUACAGUUGCGGAACUGACACUAACGUAAGAUAACGUAUUCAUAACUCUCCCUAGCAAUAAACUGAUGAUUCUGUUC